CCGAGACAGGUAGCGGGAAGCCUGGCCUCGGAGGCGGCAGUGUCCUGGGCGCCUCUCCGGCUGCUGUUGUAUGGCUGCACGUUGGCGCUGCCGGGCGGGAUGCUGUGUCCCCGGGAGAGCCCGUCGUGGGAGCUCAAGCAGCUGGACGGCCUCUGAAGCUUCCGCGCCGACUUCUCCGACAACCGACGCCGGGGCUUCGAGGAGCAGAGGUACCGGCGACUGUUGUCGGAGGCGCGGACUCGGGGCAGGGCCGGGAGUCGCCCGGAAUCCCGGCGGUGGGAAUGGGUCAGGCCCCACCUUGGACAUGCGGGUUCCCUCCGGCUUCAACGACAUCGCGGGCUGGCGGCUGCGGUAUUUUGUCAGCUGGGUGUGGUAUGAACGGGAGGUGACCCUGCUGGAGCGAUGGAUCCAGGACCUGCGCACAAGAGUGGUGCUGAGGAUUGGCAGUGCCCACUUCUAUGCCAUCGUGAUAUCCCAAGGGUUACUUUGUCCAGAACACAGACUUUGACUUCUUCAACUACGCGGGACUGCUGUGGUCUCUGCUUCUAUACACGACACCCACCACCUACAUCGACAAUGUCACCGUCACCACCGGCGUGGAGCGAGACAGUAGUGAGGGCUUCUGGGAAGAUGUGGUUUCCCUAUGUUACCCAGGCUGGUCUUGAACUACUGGGCUCAAGUGAUCCUCCCUCUUCAGCCUCCCUGUGUUGGUGUGUUGGGAUUACAGGUAUGACCACUGCCCCUGGCCAAAAACAUGGUUUUUUUUAUGUUUGUUUUUUGUUUUUUUUGAGACAGAGUCUUGUGCUGUCACCCAGGAUGGAGUGGUGCAGUGGUACGAUCUUGGCUCACUGGAACCCCCGCCUCCCAGGUUCAAGUAAUUCUCCUGCCUCAGUCUCCCUAAAGUAGCUG